AGUGACUGCAGAACAAGUACUUGCCCUUAAACUUGCAAGCAGUGCUGUUGCUCAGAUCGCUCAUUAUUCUAAUCAUUAUUUAACAAUAAGAGUACAACAGCAGCACUAUGUCUCUUGCGGCAGAGGCGUUCAUGUCGCAGAUGGCAGCUGCUGAGCCGUGGCCUGAAAAUGCAACCUUGUACCAGCCACUGAAGGAGGAUCAGAUUCUCCUGUCGGACUGCGCCUCAUCUCUCGCUGUUCAGGCGUACCUGAGGAUGUGUGGUCUGCCAGUUCAGGUGGUCUACAGAGCAAACGCUGAAUACAUGUCACCUUCUGGUAAAAUUCCCUUUAUCCACGUGGGCAACCAGGUGGUGUCAGAACUGGGGCCGAUUGUGCAAUUUACUAAAGCCAAGGGUCAUUCUCUGAGCGAUGGCUUAGAUGAUGUUCAGAGAGCAGAAAUGAAAGCGUACAUGGAGCUGGUCAACAAUAUGCUGCUUACUGCUGAGUUGUACAUUCAGUGGUGUGAUGAUUCUACAGCCACUGAGAUUUCUCGUCCCAGAUACAGCAGUCCGUACUCAUGGCCUCUCAAUAAAAUCCUCGCCUACCAGAAGCAGUGGGAGGUGCGCAGGAAGAUGAACGCCAUUGGCUGGGGAGGGAAAACGUUGGAGCAGGUUUAUGAAGAUGUGAGUCAAUGCUGCCAGGCUCUCUCUCAGAGGCUGGGAACACAGUCAUACUUUUUUAAUAAACAGCCUACGGAGCUGGAUGCAUUGGUGUUUGGCCAUCUCUUCACUAUACUGACUACUAGACUGACCAGCACUGAGCUGGCAGAGAGGAUCAAGAGCUACAGCAAUCUUCUGUCCUUCUGCAGACGCAUUGAACAGACCUACUUUGAAGACAAGAGCUCCUGAAGGACUGAAAAUAACAUAUCUGUCUCUCUAUCACCUCUUCUCGUACAUUCUUUCCUUCUCUCAUUCCCCAGAUUGUAGCCCCAAGAAGCUGAAAUGCCUAAAAAAAAAUUGCAUACGUGUCCUUUCUCCUAUUUUUCCUUCACUUUUGGCUUCCUGUUCAUACAUCAUCUCCAGAAGUUUAAGAAUUAUGAAUGUCCUGAAGUAAGCAUAAUUUUUAAGUGUAUUAAGAAUAUGUAAAAGAAAAUGUCCUGAGUUAAAUGUAUUUUUCAAAAUAUUAUGAGAACAAAUGCCACAUAUGCUAGUAACUGUGAUCGUCACAGUUAGUAGAACACCUUGAGAAUCCAGCUUUAUAAAAAGUGAAUACAAAAAGGUUGCUAUACAACCUUAAAUCAGUCUGAAAUGAACAUCAAAGAUUAGGAUUAAAAGCUGGUCAGACUUCUAAAUCUUGUGCUUGUCAAAAGUGCGUUUCUAAACACCCACUGCCUCGCUGAAAACCGAGGUGUGGAUUUCCCAGCCUCGUGACAUGACUGCAUUUCAGAAAACAGAACUCCACUUGACCUACGUCCGAGGUCAAAUGGCUCACUGUGUUUUUCCUCCAGGGCACUCGCAAAGCUUGCAAGAAAUGUGAAACGCAGAGAGAAAAUCCAGAGAGAGGUUGCUUUUUAUUCUGUACAAAAUGCAUGAACAUAAUCAAGAAGAUGUGAUUUAUUCCUUAUUUUUUCAUGUUUUACUUGUGUGAAUAGAAAGUGCCUACAUGAUGGAAUACACUUACACAUUACAUUUCUCCCCCAAAUAA